AACCAGUUGCUCGCUCUCUCUUCCUCCUUACGAUGCCGUCCCAAAAGAGCUUUAUUAUCAAGCGAAAGCUUGGCAAGAAGAUCAAGCAGAACCGCCCCAUUCCCAACUGGUUCCGCCUGCGCACGGACAACACGAUCCGCUACAACGCUAAGCGCCGCCACUGGAGGCGCACCAAGCUCAACUUCUAAAGAGAUUCGUUUUUCUGGAAGUUGUCUUGCUGCCCAUGUCGUUGUGCUCCCUUCGAUCGACGCUCGUCCGUCUCCUCAAGUGACAUUAUGCUGGCGUGUUCCAUCCCGUGUGGUUGCGUCUCUGUGCUCUCUUUUGGCUGCUGGAUAAAACAAUCCUUGCGAUUUCAUCACC